CGCAAUAAUGUCGGUCGAAUCGCUUCGCUCUCUCGAGCAGGUGCGCCAGCGCCUAAACACCCUCGCCAAUAGCAUAGGCAAACUCCUCCACGAUCUAGACACCAACGAUCCCCUCCCCUCGUGGCCUUCACUGCAGAACUCGGCCACACUACUCUCACACAACAUCGCCUCACUCCAUCACACCCUCAUCAAUGCUCAGCCCCUCCUAGCAAACGCCCACGUCUACCCUCUGCCAGCAUACCCCGGCCGCACCCAGGAAGACUUGCUCACUCAACUGCUGCGCAAGAAGUUACAGCCACAAGUUGAAGAUUGGAUCGCGAAUGGAGAGCGACAUGCUGCUGCCAGCACUGCCGAUCCUAGUCAAUCAAACGGCGCGGACGUGGACGGCCCUCAGCCCGCUUCACAGCCUCUCCAGGCCAUGACCACUGCACAGUUGACCGACCUCUGGAAUUGGGCCGGUCCAGAAGGUAACAGAGUCGCUCGCGAUAUGGGUAGCGAUGCCUUCGACGACGUCUUCACCCUCGAAGAACACGAACUCGGCAUCGAGAACGUCGUCACCGGUCUGCGCCGCAAGCUAUGGGAUAGCGAUGACGAGGACGAAGACGACGAAGAAGGGGAAGGCGGCAAAAAGGCAGAAGCGAAACAGGAGAAGAUGGAUGUCGAUAUGGUAGACGUCGUGCCCGACCAUGUCAGGAGACUACAAAGGCACAACCUCGACCCGUCAAAGCCGCCAAUGAGCAUCGAACACAUAUUGAGGUUCUCGCUCACGGCCAGGGAACCCCCGAACGUCGUGCAAUGACCGCUCCACUCUGCUGCUCUGCUCUCUACCAGGCCAAGAUCAAACUAGUCUUAUGCUAUUUGGAAGCAAGUCGAGUAUCAGAAGGGGUGUCGGGAAAAUCAAGGAACAAGACAUCUGAUGAUGCGGACAGAUCCUUAGAUACGAAACGAAAUCAAGCUUUGGUUUCAGC